AAAAUAUUUACGUAAAUAUUUUGUUUGGUGGAUCGUGAACAGAAAUUCGAUUUUGAAAUGAAUCCACUUUACGAGUUUAUCCAAAGAAACCGGGUGAUAGCUUUGGUAGAGAAAGCUCAGCGCUCGGAUAGUUGUAAGUUGUCCCUGGAUGAUUUUGACUUGUCCAGCUUUCCAGAUGUUCUCCUAAAUUAUCAAGGUUUGCAUCUCCAAUCACUCAACAUUGGACACAAUAAUAUAAGAGAUCUACCCAAGGAUGUGCCUUCAUUGAAAAACUUGCAACACUUGUCACUGGAGUAUAACAAUUUAGAGAAGUUUCCUGAAGUUUUGCAAAACUUAACACAACUGAUAACCUUGAAUAUUAGCCACAAUCCAAUAAAGGAUUUAACCCCAGAUAUAGGCUCUUUAGUGUCCCUAGAAAUAUUAUGGUGCAAUAGUUGUUGCUUGACAAGAUUACCUAGGUCUAUAGGAAAUUUAGUGAAACUUGAAACAUUUGGGGCUAGGCAUAAUAAAAUUACCAGGCUUCCUGAUGAAAUUUGUAAUCUGACUAAUUUAAGAUGGUUUACAAUGGAAGAUAAUGCUCUCCAAAAUCUCCCAAGCAAUUUCCAUAAACUACAGUUACUGAAACAUUUGAAUUUGAACAAGAAUUUGUUCAGUCAUAUUCCUUUCAAAAUAUCUGAAAUAAGGUCUCUAAAAUACCUUCAUCUUCAAAAUAACCAGUUUUUUGUUUUACCAGAGAGUACUAUGUUUGCUAUGCCACAUGCAAAAAUUAAUUUACAAAAUAAUCCUCUCCAAGUGCCAGCAAAUCUCCAGGCAAAUCUGGUUUAUGCAAAUGUGGUCAUAACUGGAAAAGAGAAUGAAGUAGUGGAUAUGUAUGAGGGAUUUGAAUCAGACUCCAGUUCUGAAGAUUGGGACAACAGUGUGGACAGUUCAGAUUUGAAUUAUUCAGAUACAGAAUCUGAAAACGAAAAUGAUCAUGAGGAAAUUAUGUCACAUGCUCCAAUGUUGUCAAAAUUUCUCAUUACAUGAACUUUUAUCCUGUAUAUAUUUCAUUAAAGUUUUAUUUGUUUCAAAGUU